AUGGUAUUCGACGAACUCCGAGGCCGUCGCCUCUCGUUGAUCGUUGGUCUCGUUGGCGCCAUGGGCUUCAUGCUUCAAGGUUAUGAUCAAGCCGUUGCCAAUGGUUUGCUCACUCUGGAUUCGUUCGUGAAGACCUUUCCUGCCAUUGAUGCUAUACAUGCAACGGGUGCGGAGAAGAGUCACAAAUCUACUAUUCAGGGAACUACUGUCGCAAUCUACGAAGUCGGUUGCGCUAUUGGAGCACUGUCGUGUGCCUAUCUCGGGGACAAAUUAGGUCGUCGCCGAACCAUUUUCCUAGCCGGGUGUAUUGCUAGUGUUGGAAUCAUCAUUCAAGCUUCGCCUUUUACCUUGGCACAGCUUAUCGUAGCCCGUGUCAUUACAGGGCUUGGAGUCGGCGGCUUCACUGCCGUCAUCCCAAUGUACAUCUCAGAAUCCAGCCGAGCCGAAAAUCGUGGACGAAUGGUUCUAUUAGAAGGUUUCUUCGCUAUUGGUGGCAUUGCUCUCGCGUCAUGGAUCGAAUUCGGCUUGUACUACGUACAAACAAAUGAUGUGAGCUGGCGCUUCCCCAUCGCCUUUCAACUUAUAUUCGCUAUCAUCGUGACUUCCUGUAUCUUGUCCCUCCCCGAAUCGGCCCGUUGGCUUGUUAGCAAAGACCGAGUGGAAGAAGCAGCCGCAGUCCUGGGCCGUUUAGAGGACACAAACGGCGACUCAGAAGCUGUCGCUAUAGGACUAGAUACCAUCCGACGUUCUCUUCAAGACGAGAAUGGCAGCGAAAGAUCUCGCAACCCAUUCGCUUUCAACGAUACCCGGAACUUCCAUCGUACUUGUCUUGCCAUUGGUGUCAACGUGAUCGCUCAAAUGUCCGGUAUCAAUAUUAUCACCUUCUACUCCGACACCAUUUUCGAAUCGGACCUUGGCUACUCCGGGACCAUUGCGCGUAUAAUUUCCGGAUGCCUGCAAAUCUGGCAAUUCAUCUGUGCCGGAGUCGCAGUGUAUCUGAUCGACCGCGUUGGACGUCGUCGUCUUUUGCUCUCUGCAGCUCUAGGGAUGGCCGUCUCUCAAGCCUGCUUGGCUGGUCUUACAUCUGUUAUCUCCACCAACAAAUCAGCCGCAUCUGCAUCGCUACUUUUUUACUUCCUCGCAUUUACUUUCUUUCCAAUCGGUCUCUUCCUCGUACCCUUUAUGUAUGCCGCUGAAAUCUCCCCGUUAAAUACGAGAGGAAAAGUAACUGCCAUGAGCGCUUCAGCGAAUUGGCUGUUCAAUUUCCUGAUUGCUGAAGUGACACCCACGGGAUUCGAUAACAUUGGUUGGAAAUACUAUAUUAUCUAUUUCUGCAUCAACGCCGCAGGUUUUGUCAUCUUCUACCUUUUUUACCCGGAGACAAAGGGUCGUUCGUUGGAGGAGAUUGAUGAGAUCUUUAUCCGGUCGAAGAGUCCCUUUGAUACAGUGCGGGUUGCAAAGGAGUUGCCAUUUCAGCUUGAUGUGUUGGCUACUGCUGAUGAGAAGAGAGAUGAUAAGGAGCAUAUUGAGGAGGUUUAG